CGUAUGGCAAUUGCUGCUUCUCUGGCUUCUGGCUGAGAAAUCCUUAUGGUAACCUGACUUGCCAUUGGGGGCAAAGGUUUGCUGGGCCGUGAGUGCUUUCCCUCUCUAUAUAUUAUGUCUUGCAUCCCCUCUUGACUUUUGUCGGUGCAUCUCAACGGUGUCCAUUUCGCUUUUUGCUCUCAAAACACUCACUUUCUGGGCAUUCUUCUUGAACGUCCAAAUCUCCCAAAAUGUUGCAACUCAAGCUAAUUGCUGUUGCUUCAACCUUCCUUGCUUUUUUUUCGGGUGUCAAUGCAACUCAAGGACCUGCCAAACCAUCCUGUGUGGAUUUCACUCCUUACGUGUACGGCGGCUGCUACCAAAACCCUUCCAAUGGCCCACAUACCUUGCUCUUCAACUCCGAUUUGGACUCGCAGAAUAUGACAGUUGAAAAGUGUGUUGCUUUUUGCAAAGGCAAUUCGUACAGAUAUGCUGGUCUCGAAUAUUAUGGCCAAUGUACGUGUGGAGCAUCAGUCAAUGGUAUGAAGGUGGAGGAAAGUUUGUGCAGCUAUCCUUGCACGGCAAACAAAAACGAGACUUGUGGUGGUUCAAAUGUUGUAUCAGUGUACGGAGAUCCGACAUUCCCUACAGUAAACAUUACAGAUACCUCGGAUUACAAAGCGAUUGGAUGUUAUACAGAAGGGACAUCAGGUCGGUCCUUGGUUUGGCGACAGGAUCAAGUUCCUUCCGGCAGCAUGACAGUAAAAAAAUGCCUCUCUGCUUGCAAGGUAGGAGGAUAUGACUUUGCUGGGUAAGGCAUCCAGUCCUUGUACUGUACCUUGAGAUUAUCAAUGACUGACGACUUAUAGUGUGGAAUAUGCUCAAGGUAAGAAGAACCCCGCCGGGGUGCAAGAAUUCUCAAGUGACAGGGGUUGGAGCCUCUACCAUCUUCGAUUAUGAUUGUUCUACAAAAUCUCAAUUAUUCUAAUUGUGUGGGUAAUUGAUUUUGUACGUUUUCAACUGUUCUAGAAGCGUUGAGAGAAUUCUAGAUGUUGAGUGCCCCUAGACUAUAGUCACGAAUUCUUAUACCACUGGGUGCCUUCUCCAAUUUCGAAUUAUGCUAACAAACUUCAAGAGUGCUAUUGUGGUGUGGUCCUUGGGAAUGGAACCGUUCCAGCGCCAGCCUCUGAAUGCAGCAUGAACUGCACUGGAGACUCUACCGAAAGUUGUGGUGGUCCCUCAAGAUUGAAUCUAUUCGUCGCUUCUGAUCUCGAAAGCUCGGAGCCCUGCAAGGACGGCAGUGGCCCAACAACCUCCUCAAAAUCAAGUACUGGAACGUCGAGUACUGUUCCUCCCACUUCCUCAAAAACGAGCCUUAGUACCUCAACUUCUUCCUCGUAUUCUACUUCGUCGUCUGAUCCUACAACAACCUCGACCGCGUCCCCAACUUCUUCCUCAUACUCUACUUCUUCGUCUGAUCCUACAACAUCCUCGAGCUCAACCUCAAUCUCUUCCUCUUACUCCUCCAGUUCCACAUCAUCAUGUACAACAACAUCGUCUAGCUCUGCUUCUUCAAGUGUAUAUACACCUCCAUAUACCCCACCUACCCCACCUACCACAUCAUCAACUUCGACCUCGCUAUCUUCGACGGCUCCAACAACAACGAGCAGGCCUACUACACCGCCAUCACCUUUAACCACCACCAAAACUACCCCUUCUCUUUGCACUUCGACAACUACAAUCGCUCCCGCACCAACUUGCGAGUAUCAAUGUGGUAACUGGUGCUCCACACCUCUUCCAGACUGGAAUGAUCAAGCUUCCUGCUUCAAGGCACAAGCAAACUGUAUUGUGCAGGUGACUUCCUGUCUUCUCCAUGCCGGGUUCCCAGCUAGUCUUGAUUGUUUGAAAUUUUCCGGUUGGUGUCUAUCGGUUCAGUCAUAUUGCUUCGACUUCUGCCCUGGCAAAAAUUGUCAAAAAUCCGAUUGCAAAUCUAAAUACCCGCCAAAUCAUCCAAACCAGCCAAACCCACCUGGUUCUGUCUCAACUUCGGUAUACACUUGCCAAGCUACCAGCGCUAGCCCAACUCCCACCAAGCCUUCUCCAACGACGUCAACUGCAGUGCCGCUUCCAACAAAUUCCAAUAUCUGUUGCCAACCGGACAACCCACCCAAGGGUUACGGCUCUUUAUCCCCUGUGGGGGGUAUCGCCUUACCAUGCCUCACAUGUAAUAACCUGAUGAGUGAUUACAAUGCUGGAAACCCAUUCAAACUUUACCUUUCCAGUCAAUCAUCAGACUGUCCAUCAUACCCACGAGGAGGCCCAUCCGGUCUCAAUCAAGCAUGCAAGGAUGCUUGCGAUGCCCAGUACCAAAGCUGUCAAAACACAUACGCCAAAGGCUGUCAAAAUAAUGCUGGACCCCAGUAUUCUGAUUCCUAUCCCGUUGCAACGAACAAGUGUUACAAUCAAUGGAAAGAUUGUUAUGCAGCAAAUUCCAACGUCAAUCCUUCUCCAUCAAGAUGUGGCAGCUGGAACUCAGGAUGGUAUUAAAUACACUAUGAAAGAGCUUAUGAGUGGCAUUUUGCAAGAAAAUAAAUAGUCGACACUCACUUUUUGUAAUUGGAAUUUGGGACCAUUUUGGCGGAUUAAUGUAUUUAGCGAGGGGGCGAGAGUGAGUC